AUGUUUUCAAUAAAUUUGAAAUUUUAUUAUAUCAUCCAUUUCAAUUUCGAUUACACUAGUAAAUUUGAAAUCAACAAUUUUAGCAAUUACAUUAGAGAGUAGAAUAUUUUUAGGUUUGAUAUCUCUAUGAAAGGUUUUUNUAACUUCUAAAUGCUUAAUUUAUAUUGCAUGCAGCUUUAGAUGUGUUUGAAGAAAAAUAUAAAUCAUCUAAAGAAUUGUAAAAAUUGAUCUUAUGUUUAGAUUUCUGAAGGAAAUAGAUUAAAAGUAAGAUUAUAGAAUUUUUGGUUAUGUCACACCUUCCAAUAUUAGAUUUUUAGUUUUAACAGAUUAAGAAGAAGAAAAGGUUAAAGGUUUUUGUUAAUUAGCUCAUGAGUAAUUAAUUAAAGUAUUAAUGAAUCCACUUUAUUAAUUAGGAUCAUCAAUUUCUUCUUCUAAUUUUGAUCAUAUAAUUUAAUAAUUGCUAUAAAAUAGAUUAAACUAAUGA